AUGCGGCGAUCAGUGUCCACGAUUAUCACCAUUUUCGGUGCCAUCGUUUAUUGCGUGGCCACCACCAGUGGAAAGCGGCAAAUGAACUUUCGGAUCGUAAACGGCACCGAAACGACGAUCACGCUCUACCCGUACGUCGUUUCCGUGCAAAAGUGGACACCGUUCGUGAAGCAGCACAUCUGCGGUGGAACGCUCAUCAGCGACAGCUGGGUCCUAACGGCGGCCCAUUGCGUCGAUAAACUCACCCCCCAGACGUCGAUGGUGCGGGCCAACUCGACGUUCUACGAUCGCGGUGGACAGCUGCACCGUGUGGAGCGUGUGAUUAAGCAUGAGAAUUUUUCCUACGCUACCGGUGACUAUGACUUUGGGUUGUUGCGGUUGAGGCAGCAUUUCCGGCGUGGUUCGUUCGUGAAGCUGCCACCAGGAAGGAGACGUUUUCCACCGGCGGAACAGUGCACGGUUACGGGCUGGGGUUAUACGCUCGGGUUGGAGUCUCGAGACCGGUUGCGUCAGGUGAAGUUGCCGAUCGUGUCGCAGAGUGUGUGCCGGAAGGCGUAUGAGGGUACCGAUGAAAUUACGGCACGCAUGAUUUGCGCUGGGUAUGUCGAAGGGAUGCGAGAUUCGUGCGAUGGAGAUUCCGGAGGGCCGCUAAUAUGCCGCGGAAUGCAAGCCGGUAUCAUAUCGUGGGCGAUUGGGUGUGCAAAGCCGAACAAGUAUGGCGUUUACAGCAGCAUUGCGGAGGGUCGCGAGUGGAUAAAGCGUCAAACUGGGGUUUAA